AAAUUUUUCUUUUGUGCGCGUCUGUGUGAAAAUUAUUCAUGGUGUUAUUAACAAAGCUUUUUGUGUGAAGCCAAAGUUCUUUAAUAUACUGGUGUGAAGCUUUGAACAGAUCUUGAAGAAUUUUUGAACAAAAUUACCGACGAAGCUGGAGUUUUGUGUCAAACGUUGUAUAGCGGUAUUGAGGAGCAUUUCAAGGUCUGUCUUGAUUUCAUUUUUCAAUUAUGGAUAUAGAUUUCGAGAACAAUUUAAGAUAUAAACAUUAUUUGUCGAAAUUUGUGAAAGUAAAAACGGUUGAUGAAAAUUUUCAUGAGGGUUGGCUGAAAUGUAUAGAUCCAUUGACUGGAAAUUUAAUUUUGGUAAUCUUAAACGAAGAUAAUUCAUUGGUACUUGAAAGUUGUCUUAUUCAUGGUGCAGAUUAUACAGAUGUAGAAUUGCUUAAAGAUGUGGAUAAUGACAUUAAAUCAUUAAUUAAGAAAUAUUAUUGUGGGGAAGGACGCAAUCCAGUCAAUGUUGAAGCUCGAAAAAUUCAUAUAAUAUCAUGGAUGAAAAAACAUAGAAUACCUGUUCGCGAAAUAUCAGACGGAGGUAUCAUGGUCUGUGAAUCUGUUAGUAUUUUUCCACCUUAUUUUGAAGAAAAUUGUUCCAGUUUGAACGGAAGAGUAUUGCUUCGUAUUCGAGAGAUAUUGCAGUCACUACCUGAAGAAGAAACUAAAUCACCGGAGUGUAAGGAGGAAAAUUAUACUCAAGUAGAAUCACCAACAAGUAAUAAUCCUAUUAAGGAAUGACAGAAUUAUAAAAAAAGAAACUUAACUUUUUUUUAACAAUCAAGACAGUGUAAAGACAAGGAUCAAAUAAAUUUAUCUAGUUAUUUCAAAUUCGUAUUUAAAAAUUUGAUGUUAUUAAACUGAGAGUUACAUUCAUUAUCUCUAA